AGCCAGGGAUGGACAGACGAACGGACGGACGGACAGGUGUGACUCUAAUAAAUCCGCCGUUCAUGUAUGAAAAUUGUAUGGAACUAUUUGGACAAAUGUUUCGUCAAAGUCAGAAAAACAACUAAAAUUGUAACUUCGCCUUAACGGAAACCCCAGUGGGGAUUUUUUGCGUCAUAUUUGCAGCACGUAUGCAUGAGGCCACAACAACAAUGAAGCACUCUCGUAGUAGGAUUUACUGGAUACAGUAGCCAAGGACAAGAUUAUACUGCAAUUAAUAUUGCAUGAAAAAUCUUAUUGCAGGGAUGAUGGCUAUUAUUUAUUUUGGAUUGUUCGAUAGAUGAAGUCACUGACUAAACAACACGUUGUACAAAAUCGAAGCGUAGAUAUGUCCAUUCUACACACAAGGUUUCAGUUUGCAACAAAAUUGUUCGAUCUCAUAAAUGUACAGUUAGGACAGAAGUUUUUGCUAGUCAUAUUUACGGUUUUAGUAAGUCUUUCUUUGGCCAGUAGUCAAGCACUACACCUACCAGCUGAGAGAUUUCCAUGUGGCGUCUCAGGUCUGACAUGUGAGCGCUGGGGAUAUACAGCUUGUGUUAACCCUGACGGAGAGUUUUACUGCCUAUCUUGCGACAACGAAUAUCUUAGAACGUUGUGCGGAACUAAAGAAGAGGCACAAGGGUGCAACCUAUAUUGUACCAAGAAGACAGUGGACGUUGAGAAGGACAAAAUUCGGUUAGAAUUUUCAAAAGAAAACAAUGAUUUGAAAGCUAAUUUUUCUGGGAUCUUGAUGUAUCUACGCUCAAUAUAUUUAAAAGAAAAUACAAACUCUGAAGACAGCGAAACAGAGGACCUGGCGGAUUUGCAAUCAGAUAUCGCUAGGAAAUUACAAGAUCUGCAAAUAGAACUUGAAAUAUCUCACAAUGAAACAAAUCUACAAAAGAGUAGAGUUAUAUCACUUGAAAGCGGCCUAACUAAGAAAACUUCAAAUAUAGAGUCUCUGGAAUGCAAAUAUUCUGCACUGCUUGCGGCACUGUUUGCAUUAGUAGGAUUUCUUGCAUGUACAGUGGCUAUAGCAUUAUUCUGCCUGUGUAGACGAUGGCAUAGGCGGAACCAGACACGAGAGGACAUAGAGAAACAGGAAAUGUCAUCAUUAAUGGUCAAAGAUGAAUCGGACAGAAGAAUAUCUCAAUAUUCAAAAGAAUCUGGGAUUGACCUAACUAUUCCUGCUGUUCAAGAUGAUGAAACACAAACUGAAAACUUCAACGAAGUGUCAAGACAGCAAGAAGAGAAAGUCUGUGAUAGCAAACAUGAUAGAUGUCCGGGCGAUAGCUGCCCAGGUUACGCUAAGUUGCAAAUGAUUCCUCCUUCGGAUCAUAAUGGCUCUUCUAAAAUGGCUAUCUAAUAGCAAGACCAUGCCCGGCCUCGUCAGGAACCAAGCUUAAAGGGAAUUCCGAUAGUUUUUUAUGCGCAUCUUUCUGCGCAGCCGACGCUUUCUAUGGACAACUGAACUGAAGUCAUCAUUUGUUGAAACAUGUUACAGACAGUCUUAAAUAUGAGAAAUCUUGAAUGAAAUAACAUUUUUGAUAAGUUUUAUCAGUAAUCAAAUGUUGAUACUGGUUUAUGUUGUAUUGACAAGUAUCAUGCCUGACAGGUAUCUUGCUAUUUUUAUGGUUGUGUUUCACAUCGCAUUUUAGUACAAAGACAGUGUUCUUCAUAUAAUGUAAGAUAAUUGACUUAGUACUGAUAAGACAUUAUCACCUUUCAGAUUAUUUAGUAUUCAAUUAUAGAAAGAAUUAGGAAUUUUUAAAACUUUUUUGUAACUUCUAGCAGACAUACAUGUAUUCAAUUUGGCCAUUUUCGCGCCUUUUUCCGCCCGAACAGGUGUUGUAUUCUAGCGGUCUUAACAUAAAAAUUAGCCUGGUGACCCAUACAUUUUUAGCCGUUUUUAUGCUCACAAUACAAUUAUCUAUACACAAGAAAAACAGGAAAAAAUGCUAUGAAAGAUUUUUUCAAAACUUAAAAAAAGUAUCUUCACUAUGGGUAUUUUUCACUGAAAAAAGUUCACAAAAGUAAAUAUGAAACAAUAUGUUUUUUUCAUUUGUACCCAUUAUUGUAAGAAUAGAGUAUUACAAAUAUGACUAUCAUAUCAAAUAAGUAUAUAAUAAAAUCUGUAAAAAGAAAAAAACCUUAUUUUGCUGUCUUGAUGUAUUUUUUGGUUGGCAUUUAUAAAAAAGCAGAAAAUUAUGAAAAUGCUGAAAAAUCGCUAGUAGUUUCAGCAACAGUGGGUGUGUUCAAAACAAUUUUUCACAAAAACAAGCCUGGUGACCAAUUGUUUUUAUUUGUUCAUUGUUUUCAGCACAAAUUUUCCUAUCAUAUAUGUGAAUUUAAAAAAAUUCUAUGAAAGGAAAAAAACUAUAGGAAUUCUCUUUAAGCUGACAAAUUUCUAUAUAAAUUCAUAUCGGCUAUAUUUGUAACCGCAAUCUCAUGCGUAAGACCUGUGCAGUAUCAUUUAGUGUUUUGUGCAUUCGAAUCAUAAUUUAAUUAUUUGUGGUUCAUACAGUUAAAAAUAUGCUACUAUUUACAUGUUUCGAAUGAUGUCUAAGAAAAAUACACAUAUGGCUGUAAUACAUACAGUUUUAUGGAUAUCGUUGUUUUGUUUUUGAUGUAUGUUUAUAAUUAAAAAAGUUUCCGUUA